UCUCAUUUCCCACGCCGGAGCCAUCGGCUUGCCCCUGCAAGGGGCAGCGGCGAGCGAGCGAGCGGGGGAGCGCGCGCCGCGUGAGCUGGCCGUGGGCGCGGGGAGGAUGCCCCCGGCGGCGAGCGGCGGGCGGGAGAGGCUCCCCGCCGGCACGGAGAUGCUCAAGGUGUCCGCCGUGCUGUGUGUGUGCGCGGCCGCCUGGUGCAGUCAGGCUCCGGCGGCGGCCGCGGCGGUGGCUGCGGCCGGGGGGCGAUCGGACGGCGGUAAUUUUCUGGAUGAUAAACAAUGGCUCACCACCAUCUCUCAGUAUGACAAGGAAGUGGGACAGUGGAACAAAUUCCGAGAUGAUGAUUAUUUCCGCACUUGGAACCCAGGAAAAGCCUUUGAUCAGGCUUUAGAUCCAGCUAAAGAUCCAUGCUUAAAGAUAAAAUGUAGUCGCCAUAAAGUAUGCAUUGCUCAAGAUUCUCAGACGGCUGCCUGCAUUAGUCACCGGAGGCUUACUCACAGUCUGAAAGAUGCAGGAGUGGUGCAUAAGCAAUGGAGAGGUUCCAUAUCGUCUCACUGCAAGCCAUGCCCAGUGGCCCAUGCCAGCCCUGUUUGUGGUUCAGAUGGUCAUAUCUACUCUUCACAGUGCAAACUAGAAUACCAGGCAUGUGUCUUAAGAAAACAGAUCUUGGUCAAAUGUGAAGGUCGUUGCCCGUGUCCUUCAGAUAAGUCCACAAGUACUAGAGCAAAUGUAAAGAGAGCUUGUAGUGACCUGGAGUUCAGAGAAGUGGCAAACAGAUUGCGGGAUUGGUUCAAAGCCCUCCAUGAAAGUGGAAGCCAAAACAAGAAAACGAAAACCUUGCUGAGGCCUGAGAGAAGCAGAUUUGAUACAAGUAUUUUGCCGAUUUGCAAGGAUUCUCUUGGUUGGAUGUUUAAUAGACUUGAUACAAACUAUGACUUGCUACUGGACCAGUCAGAACUUGGAAGCAUUUACCUUGAUAAGAAUGAACACUGUACCAAGGCAUUCUUCAAUUCUUGUGACACGUACAAAGACAGUUUAAUAUCUAACAAUGAAUGGUGCUACUGCUUCCAAAGACAGCAAGAUCCCCCAUGCCAGACGGAGCUCGGCAAUAUCCAGAAGCGGCAAGGGGUAAAGAAGCUCCUAGGGCAGUAUGUCCCCUUCUGUGACGAAGAUGGUUAUUACAAGCCAACACAGUGCCACGCCAGUGUGGGACAGUGCUGGUGUGUUGACAGAUAUGGAAAUGAAGUCAUGGGAUCCAGAACAAAUGGUGUUGCCAGUUGUGCUAUUGAAUUUGAAAUCUCUGGAGAUUUUGCAAGUGGAGACUUUCAUGAAUGGACUGAUGAUGAGGAUGAUGAAGAUGAUAUCAAUGAUGAAGAUGAAAUUGAGGAUGAUGAUGAAGAUGAAGGGGAUGAUGAUGAUGAUGGUGAUGACCAUGAUGGAUAUAUUUGAUUGUUGGGAGCUGAGAUCAAUAAAUUCUACUUUCUAUCAUUUGCAAAGUGAUAGCCUAUUGAUAAUUAUCUUCUUGCCCCUAACACAGUGAUUCUAAAACUUACGUAUAUUUUGUAUAAUUAUUUCAAAUACUGAAACUAAAGUAAUAGAACUCUGUUUAAAUAAAAAUCAUAUACUUUGAGUUUUUAUAUUCCUUAGAAUAAAAGAAAACACAUGUGGAGUCUAGCCAGCCAGCCAGAAGUUAUAAAGAGCCACUGAAAUAGACACACUUUCAUAAGUACAAACUAUAUAAAUUUCCCACAGAGGAAACAAACAGUGCUUGAGGUCAUUUGUAUUGUUUUACUAAGAACUAUUCCACGUUAAAUUUGCAUCAACUUCUUAGAGACUUGGCCCCAAGGACUUUAUAAAGAUAUGCAUGAUUUUAAUUACAAUUUCAAAGUAGCAUCUUGCAAAACCUACAGUGAGAUCAUGGCGACUGAGGGGAUACUGCAGGGUAAGGGGAAAAAAUAAUGGCAAUUGUAAAGUCCUCCAUCGUGUUUUCAUUAAUAGUGAUGUUUUUAGUUAUGAAAUCACCCUGAAUUUAUAGGAUAUUUUCUAAAAUGGUAAGUAUAUAAGACUAUGGUUUCUGAAAGUUGAAAAGAUAGUUGAAAUUUCUAAUUUUUAUUUUUAAUUGGAUGGCAAUCCCAUGUACAAUUCUUCGUUAUUCUUAAAUGCACGUUUUCUUUUAUCUUUGUAGGUUGUGUUUUAUCUCUUUCUGACCAGCAACUUAGGGUGCAGAGUUUAAAGUAGGAAAAAAAGAGCAAAAGGUUCAUUAAAAUAUUUUAACAAAAAGUUCGCCCUUUGCCCCAGUGUUAAAUUUAUUAAUCUUAAAUAUUAUUUUAUUUCCUAUUUUAGAUAAAAAUUUUGCACUUAAUCUUAGAAUUCUGCUAUUUUCAUUUUUAGUGUCAAAACUUAGAGAACGUAUUGUUAUGGUGCCUUGCAAAAUAGAAAUAGAAAGGUUUAGCAUGCAUACCAAUAUAGGAUAUUAGGCAAUAUAUAAGCACACCUACUUAACAAAUUAAUGCCAAUAAAGGUACUGCUGCUGGAAUGAAGAAAAUGGAAUAUGUUUAUAUCUCUUCUUUUCUAUCGUUACAUAAUUGCCAUGUGGACUUAUGAUUAUUGUGUAGAGUAGCAUUUAAAAUUUAACUGUAACAAAAAUUACUUUAUGUGUUAUAUUUAAGUUAGCAUGUUAAUUGGGUAAAGUUUUUGGCAUACCAUCACUUUUAAGUAUAUCAGACUUCUGAUUUUGUGCCCAGAAUCUAAAUGGAAAAACUGUUGAAUGUUAUACUUUGGUGUCUUAAGCAGUAAAUUGGUUUCUUGAUAUUCAGUUCAUUGAACAAAAAACUGGUAGAAUAUUUCCCUUUGAUUUAUUUUCACUAAAAAUAACCUUUAUUGUUGACUUUAUGUAAUACUUAAAGUAUAAUGCAUUUUCUUUUUUACUGUUUAUGUAUAGUUUACAAAAUAAAGAAUCUUGUAACCAAAUUAAACUGUACCUUAAUAAUUUUCUGAGCUACACAGUGUUCUUAAUCAAUAUGUGUGAUUUUUAAGGUGAAUGUACAACAAAGUUAGAAAGUUUUGAAAUUUUUUUAUUUUAAUAUCUUCAUAAUUGUUUGUUUUUUAAAAUUUUAUUUGGCAUAAUAUUAAAAAUGAUAUUUUGUUUUUGAGGAUAAUAUUUUAUAACCUAUUUUGUAGUAUCAUCAUCAUCAUCAUCAUUAUCCCAUUGAUCGUCAAAUUUCUCAAGUGGUCUCAAUAACGUCUCCAUUCCUCCUAGCCCUGAGAUUUUAGAAGCCUCUCUUUACACGUCCUUUCCAAUGGUGCUGCAUUGGAGGCUCUUUCAGGGUCAAGGGAAUGAGACAUCAUUGUUACUGGUUUUGGCAUAUCAUAGUCCACAUAUUUAGCUAAAUAUCUAUUUUGAAGAGUAAUCUACUGUUAUUUAAUUAUAUAUAUAGGAGUCACAAAGUAUAAGAUGGAGGUGAAUUAAGCAUAAAAAAUGUAGCUGUAGCAAUUAAUGAAAAACUAGUUCUAAAUAGAAGAGAGGAAGUGAACUUGAAGUUCAAAUCAAAUAUGAUGUUCUUGAAGUUACUUUUUUUAAAAAAGUAUUCCUUCAGGUACUAUAAAAGAAAUCAAUUAUAUAGAAAAUAUAAAGUUAAAAUAUUCAUAAUAUUAAAUUAAUAUUACAUAUAUUUAACAUGUAUUUACAUACAACAUAUAUUUUUAUGUGUGUAUAUAUAAUUGUACUUGUGAUAUAUGGUUGGUCUUUAUCAUUUAUGUCAUUUGAGGAUACUGAUCAAUGGUUAGUUACUCUGAAAUAUAUAUAUUAAACAACUAAUAUAACCCAGCAUUAAUCUUAGCAUUUUGACAUACUAGUGAACAAAAUAAUUAUGAAGUUAAUAUCCUAACAUGGAAUAUAAGCAGUAAAUUUAUACUAGCAAAUGACAUGACUUAAUUGCAUUCACCAAUGGGAGGUGGAAAAUCAGUUCAAUACUGGAUUUAACAUCAAUAAAUAAAUGUUUUAGAACUCUCAAAAAGAGUCCCUUUUAAAAAUCAAACAAGGUACUAUUUUUAUUAAAGAGAGCUAAAAUUCUUCUGUAGCAUUCUAUUCUGUCUUAAUCAAAUUCUAAUGAGUGUUUAAGGGUAUACUAUGGGGCAUAAUUUAAAUCCUGUUUCUAAUGUUAUUACAGGGAGCAAACAGAGUUUCAAGUUAAAAGAUAUAACACAUUCUGAAUCAAAAAUUAAAAUUUCAACUUGCUAAUGAAAAGGAUUGGGAACAUUAAAAAAUUAAAUGUCUCUGUGAUAUCAAAUCUGAGGUGGAAAUUUAUUAAUAACUUUUGUUCAUCAAGUAUUAUAAUUUAGUUAUGCUAUAAAAUGUUAGUGAGGACACAGGUCAAUUAAAAAUAAACAUGAUACAGUAUGGGGGGAACCCCAUAUUUCUUUUCUUUAUAUACAAAGUGAGCAAUGGAAAAUAGAUGAUCUAGCAUCUGUCCCUAGAAGGCAGGCUUGAAUGGUGGUGUUGAAUAUCCAAGCAAAAUAUAAUGCCCAAAAUUAUAGAGAGAGCCCCAGAGGCAGACAAGCCAAGUUUGGAACCCAGUGGCUUCUUGCAGAAAUGCCUCUAGACUGUGAACUAAGCUAUGGCUUCAUGCCGCCCCGGGAGGGGGAAGGUUUUUGUCCCUCAGCCUUACCUUUUGGCGGCAGUGGCAUGGCCACAGCCAUUAUUCAGAGCCCACUGGACGGAGGUACGUGUUUGCAGUGAUGGGUUCGAGGAGAAAUCUCGAGAUGGGGGUGGUAGUACCGGCGCUGUUCCUCGCCCAGAGGAGACCCUGAGCAUCAGCCCACAAACAGCUCCUCCACUCCUGAAUGGCCAUCAUCCCAGAGGCACACAAACCAAUUUCAGAACCCAGCAGCUUCUGGCAGAAAUCACUCUGGACUUAAUUACUAAAAUACCAGAAAUCCAAAAUCAUAUAUCCUUCAUUACUAGCAAUAGAAAACAAAUUAUCAAAUGAUGCCUUUUCGGCAGGUUGAUUGUUGGAGGAAAAUUCCAAAUAAUAAUAGUGGUUUUUCUGUCCAAACAUUGGAUUUAAUCAAAGUAAAGAGAGAGUAAAGUGAAAAUUAGUAAAGGGAGGUGGGGUGGGGGAUAUACUGGGGUUCUGGUGGUGGAACAUGUGCACUGGUGGAGGAACAGGUGUUUGAUCAUUGUAUGACUGAGACUUAAACCUGAAAGCUUUGUAACUGUUUUCACGUGAUUCAAUAAAAUAAUUUUUAAAAA